AUGCGGUCAGCCAAAAGGACACAAACCUACUGGCUCGCGGCGGUGAGCGCGGGCGGAGCGCGGGCGGGGCGCCAUUGGCCCGCCGGGGCACGCCUCCGAGACGCCGCUCCGCAUCACGCCGCACCAAUUCUUACUUCUUACUUUUACAUUUGCAUGCAAACUUUAGCAAACAUUCCCACUUGUACAACUUUAAACUACUUCCACGGAUUCGGCGAGGAAGUUACGCUGAGGUCGAUAUAUUCACUUUGCAAAGCAUAA